AUGGCUUCACCUGCAGAUGCCACGACAACUAUCGCGACGAGAAGUCCCAUUGCGCUCUGUGCCAGCCCCGGCAGGGAUUGUCGCUGUACACACUCUUCGGCUCUUUUCAAUGCGACUGUCCUUGGUGAGUCUUCUGAGAAGCCAAAACAUACCUACAGUAGCACAUUAAGAAUUUCAGGUCGACGAUGUGUCGAAGCGAUAAAUGAGCGCUCCAUCAAGGGUCUUAACGACUGCUCCGAAUUCGCGCUUUGCGAAGACGCCCCAGCGUUCGUAGAUCGCACUGCCAAGGAAGGGUACGUGUGCUCAUGUCGUAACGGCUACGUUGAUGCAUCACCAAACGCAACCCAUUACCCAGGGCGGGUUUGUCGCAAACCCAUUGAGAGAUUGACGGUGACCGAGUUCACAAGUUCUUUCUCACAUGAUUCCUGUGAUCCAAAAAAACCACGCUGCGGUACGAAUGAGAUCUGCACCGAUCGAGGUCAACGAGGGCAUCACUCCUGCCAAUGCGCGGACAAUGCGUUCCGAUACGAAGACGGCACUUGUCGAGGUGGGCCGCUUUUCUAA